CCAAUUUGCAGACGGGACCGGAAACGAUGUGCAUCACAACUUCCACACAUGUGUGAAGUGGAGCAUCAGCCAGCCCACAGCUGCAACGUUUCGGUCUCAUGGUGUCUCAGUUAAAGACGACAUUUCUAUCACUUUAUUUCUACAGAAUAUAACUUACCUGAGUCCGGAGCGGCUGCGUGCGCAUCAUGGCGGAGAUCGUCCAGCAGCGGAUUGAGGAGAGGAUCCCUGAGCUGGAGCAGCUGGAGAGAGUGGGACUGUUCACCAAGAAGGAAGUCAAAUCCAUAAUAAAGAGAGCGACAGCCCUGGAAUACAAGCUCCACAGGCUGAUCAUAAACAAAGAGGACUUCAUCGCCUACAUUCAGUAUGAGAUCAACAUUUUAGAGCUGAUCAAGAAGAGGAGAGCGCACAUUCAUUACCAGUUCAAAAGAGAGGAGAUCGAGUAUCCCAUCAUCCACAGAAUUAACAGCGUCUUCAGCAGAGCAACAAAGAAGUGGAAGGAUGACGUGCAGCUCUGGCUCUCACAUGUCGCCUUCUGUAAGAAAUGGGCCACCAAAGCUCAGAUCAGCAAAGUGUUCUCCACUAUGCUUGCCAUUCACCCAGACAAACCAGUGAUGUGGAUCAUGGCGGCCAAGAGUGAGCUGGAGGAUAGAAAUUCAUCUGAGAGUGCCAGACACCUUUUUCUGAGGGCUCUGCGUUUCCAUCCCAACAACAAGAAAGUUUAUCAGGAGUACUUUCGUAUGGAGCUGCUUCACUGUGAGAAACUAAGGAAGCAGAAGGAAGAGCUGGAACUGGCUCAGAUGGACCUGGGUGAAUAUGAGUUCUCUCCAGAGAUCCUGAGUGCUAAACUAGCCGAGAUUGUGUACAGAGAGUCUACUGGGAAAAUCAAAGAAGCAGAGUUUGUCAUCUCCCUUCUGGACAUAGCAGCCAUCUUUAAGUUCACCAAAGAACUCCAGGACUUUAUCCUGCAGGACUUACAGGCCAACUACACUGAAGACAGCCUGACGUGGGAUUUCAUGGCUAGGAGGGAGCUGGAGGCUCCGGGGGCAGGAGAGGAGCUGCAGACGGCUAAAGGCCGAGCUUCAGAUACCAACCGCAGAGAGGAGCGCUGCUGCCAGGUCUAUGAGGAGGGGGUCAAGAGCCUCAACACUGAGCCCAUGUGGACAUGCUAUGCUGCCUUUUGCUUGGAAAGGCUGAAGAGGAAGACAAAUGUGCAAGAGCUGAAGGAAAAGAGGCAGGAGAGGCUGCUGGGAGUGCUGCAGCGGGCCCACAACUCCUCACUGCUGAAGGAGGAGUACUAUAAGAACUGGUUGCAGGUCCUGCUCUCAUCUGAAGACGCGGAGGGAGCGGCCGGCGUUGCCAUGGCAGCCACGCAGCGCUACAGCCAAUCAGUGUCAGUGUGGAGCCUGAGUCUGCAGACGCUGAUACACUUGGAGAGUGGAGCCGUGGGCAAGCUAUUCCAGGACGCUCUCACACACGUGAAUCCCAAGGAGAGUCUACCUCUGUGGCAGCUGCAGGUCCAGUGGAGCGUGGCCAACCAGAGUCCUGAGGAGACAGAAGCCGUCUUCAAGAGAGGUCUGCUGUCUGCUGUAGCGGCUGUUGCCAUGGAGAUGAAAGAGAGCUACCUUGAUUGGUCGUUCUCCACUGGAGGCUACAAAAAAGCAAGGAAAACCUUUACAAGCUUAAAUGAAAACCGACCUCUGUCCAAAGCCUUUUUCACCAAGAUGAUUCAGAUCGAGAAGGAACAAGAGACUCCAAAGAUGAGCUGUCUGAGAGAUUACUACGAGAGGGCGCUGCAGGAGUUUGGCACCUCAGACGACGAUCUGUGGCUGAAGUACAUCCAGGAGGAGCUGGGACCCCAAGGGCAGCCGGAGAACUGUGGGAAGAUCCACUGGAGAGCCAUGAAGUUUCUCGAGGGGGAGAGCGUGGAGAGGUUCACUUCCAAAUAUACUCUCCUUCAGACUGGACACUUGUGAGCAGCGCUGACGAGUUCAGAGUUCAGAGGACGACUGGAAGCGUUUCAACAAACCGUGCACAAGUUCAUCAGCUGAAGGAGCGGCACCCUGUUAGAAUCUGGUGCUAUGCCCAUCCAUGAAUUGUUUCAAUGCUUUCCAAUGGCAAUCCAGCGCUGCAGUUUCUCAAGUUUGCGGUCCAGCAAUGUUGAACAAAAUGUUCUUAGGAGUUGCGAUUGCAGCUUUAAGCUGUAACAUUUAACAGCUCAGAUUUCCAACUUGAAUCCGGUUUGCAUUUUGUAUUUACAGAUCCUGAUUUGAUACCAGACUAAUGUGGGACAAGUGUUGUUAUGUCAAAAUGUCCGCUUGAAUAGAAUUCCACAUUUUCUUCGAGAGCAACAACUUUGAUACUGUUGUCGUGAUAUUAAAACAGUCUUUGAAAUGUU